UGUCGUCUUUUCUGCUUAUAUCUUAGGCAAAUCUGAUUUCAAAAAAAAAAGAAAAAAAAAAAGAAAAAAAGAAUGAGUGACGGGAGGAUGAAAAAGAGUGUGAACGGAGGAGCACCGGCGCAAACAAAUCCUGAUGAUCGGAGAUCUAGUGUUCCGGAGCUCGAAGCGGCAGGGAAGCGAGCUGUGAUAAAGAGUGCUGAUAUGAAAGAGGAUAUGCAGAAGGAGGCUAUCGAGAUCGCUAUUGCCGCAUUUGAGAAGAACAGUGUGGAGAAGGAUAUAGCUGAGAAUAUAAAAAAGGAGUUUGACAAGAAACAUGGUGCUACUUGGCAUUGCAUUGUUGGUCGCAACUUUGGUUCUUAUGUAACACACGAGACAAACCAUUUCGUUUACUUCUACCUCGACCAAAAAGCUGUUCUCCUCUUCAAGUCCGGUUAAGAACUCCGAAACCAAGAAAGCUUCGCAUCGUUGAAAAAAAAGUAAAAAACAAAUUGGGAUGUUAAAUCGCAUUAUUGUCAUCACGUUGUAGUUAGUUACUUGUGUUCUACGUAUGUAUGUGUUCGUUUUUAAGGCUUGCACCAAGUAUAAACCCCUAAACUGAAUGUACAUUCGAUUUUAAAACUCCCGUUUUCAGAAAAACUGGAUUUUUUUCCGGUUUGUGGUUGCUGCUUGUUCCUCA